AUGGGCCGAGCUGGGGGCGGGGGCCCGGGCAGGGGGCCGCCGCCGCUGCUGCUGCUUCUGGGGGCCACGCUGGUUCUUGUCGCCGGGGCCGCGCCAGCGCGUGAGGCGGGCAGCGCCGUCGAGGCCGACGAGCGCGUGAAGAGCGUCGCGGCGUGGGAGUCGCGUGCCAACAACACGCGGGAGAAGGCGGGCUCACCAGCAGCUGGGGAAGAUGAGACAUUGUGGACCGCGCCCGAUGGCGAGCAGGCCGUGGCGGGCCCUGGGGUCGGGCCGGAGGAUGUGCUGGAGGCGUCGGCAGCGGUGACGGGCACCGCCUGGCUGGAGGCUGAGAGCCCAGGUCUGGGCGGAGUGACUGCAGAGGCGGGCAGCGGGGACACGCAGGCCCUUCCAGCCACGCUCCCUGCUCCCGACGAGGCCCUGGGGCAGUCAUCGAUGCCACCUGCCAUCCCUGAGGCUACAGAGGCCAGCGGACCUCCCUCCACCACUCCUGGCCACAAGCUGAGCCCAGGCCCGGAACUCCCCAAGGAGAGCCCCUUGGAGGUUUGGCUGAACAUGGGAGGCAGCACACCUGACCCUCAAGGGCCAGAGCCCACGUACCCCUUUCAGGGAACACUGGACCUCCAGCCAGCGUCAGAUAUCAUCGACAUGGACUACUUCGAAGGGUUGGAUGGUGAGGGCCGCGGCGCCGACCUGGGGAGCUUCCCGGAGUCGCCAGGAACCUCAGAGCACCACACUGAUAGUGGGGGGGAGACCCCUUCCUGGAGCCUGCUUGACUUGUACGAUGACUUCACCCCCUUUGAUGAAUCUGAUUUCUACCCCACCACAUCUUUCUAUGACGACUUGGAAGAAGAGGAGGAGGAAGAAGAAGAUGGCAAGGAUGCAGCCGGAGGUGGAGACCUGGAAGAUGAAAAUGACCUUCUAGUGCCCACAGAGAAGCCUGGUGUGGGGCCGGGGACAGGCCAGCCCACCAGUUGGUGGCAUGCUGUCCCUCCACAGCAUACUCUGGGCAUCGUCCCUGGCGGCAGCAUCGCUCUCAGGCCCCGCCCAGGAGAGCCAGGCAGGGACCUGGCCCCCAGCGAGAAUGGCACUGUGUGCCGAAGUGGUUUUGUGCGGCAUAAUAGCUCCUGCCGGUCAGUGUGCGACCUCUUCCCAAGUUACUGUCACAAUGGUGGCCAGUGCUACCUGGUGGAGAACAUUGGGGCCUUCUGCAGGUGCAACACGCAGGACUACAUCUGGCACAAGGGCACGCGCUGCGAGUCCAUCAUCACCGACUUCCAGGUGAUGUGCGUGGCCGUCGGCUCGGCCGCCCUCGUGCUGCUCCUGCUCUUCAUGAUGACGGUGUUCUUCGCCAAGAAGCUCUACCUGCUCAAGACGGAAAACACCAAGCUGCGGAGGACCCACAAAUUCCGGACACCAUCCGAGCUCCACAACGACAACUUCUCCCUUUCCACCAUUGCCGAGGGCUCUCACCCAAAUGAUGACCCUAGCGCUCCCCACAAAAUCCAGGAAGUUCUCAAGUCCUGCCUGAAAGAGGAGGAGUCGUUUAACAUCCAGAACUCCAUGUCGCCCAAACUUGAGGGUGGCAAAAGCGACCAGGCUGACUUGGAGGUGAACUGUCUUCAGAACAACUUGACCUAAAGCAGAGCAAGAAGAGAGGAAAUGGGGGGCGGGGGGUGGGGGAAGAACCGUGACUCCCCUUGUACAGAGUCUGUUUCCUGUAACCAUUUGUUAAACUCUUUUCUGUUGCUGAACUCAUGGCAUGCUUCGGUGUGUUUCGUACAGGAGGGAGAAACCACAAACUAAGCCGAGAACCCGCGCAGAAUGGCGUGCAUUGGACUGUCUGUCUGUCUGUCUGUGCAUCGCUUCUGCUGCUGGGAUUUCUAAACCUACGCUGUUAUUCACCUGACUUUUGUUUUGUACUCUGAUCCACCUUUUUUU